AUGCAGGCAUUAGCUCAGUUCAGACAACGACUGAACGUUGUAAGGUUUUUGAAGCAGAGCCCACGUUAUCUUUCCACAGCAGUGAACGACGUGGUAGCUCCUCCAGCCGGUUCCGCUGUCUCGUUGAAAAACUCAAAGAGGGACAGCACCCAGUACGGGUCCCGUCCUAUCUACUUGGACAUGCAGGCCACCACGCCUGUAGACCCAAGAGUGCUCGACAAGAUGUUGGAGUUCUACACCGGGUUCUAUGGUAACCCGCACUCGGCAACGCAUGCGUACGGUUGGGAGACCGAGACCGAGGUCGAGAAGGCCAGGUCGUACGUCGCCGAGGUGAUUGGCGCAGACCCAAAGGAAAUCAUCUUCACGUCGGGUGCCACCGAAUCAAAUAAUGCGGCCUUGAAGGGUGUCGCCAGAUUUUACUCGAAAACCAAAAAGCACAUCAUCACGACCCAGACAGAACACAAGUGUGUGCUUGAUACUUGCAGGCAUUUGCAGGACGAAGGUUUCGACAUCACGUAUUUGAAAGUCGGCCAAGACGGGUUGAUCGACUUGGAGGAACUCGAAAAGUCGAUCCGCAAAGACACUGCUAUUGUCUCCAUCAUGGGCGUCAACAACGAGAUCGGUGUCAUUCAGCCAUUGGAAGAUAUCGGGCGUAUUUGCCGCAAACACAAGGUGUUUUUCCACUCCGACUGUGCACAAGCUUUUGGUAAGAUUCCAAUUGACGUCAAUAAGAUGAACAUCGACUUGAUGUCCAUAUCAUCCCACAAGGUGUAUGGUCCAAUGGGUAUCGGUGCACUUUUUGUCCGUAGAAGACCAAGAGUCAGAUUGGAUCCUAUCAUCAAUGGUGGUGGACAAGAGCGUGGUCUUAGAUCGGGUACUUUAGCUCCACCUUUGGUCGCCGGUUUCGGUGAAGCUUCUCGUUUGAUGGUCAAAGAGUUUGAAAACGAUCAUGCACACAUCACCAAAUUGUCCAACAAGUUGAUCAAGAACUUGCUGGCCCUUGAGCACACCCAAUUGAACGGCUCGCCAAUUCACAGAUAUUGCGGAUGCGUGAAUGUGUCAUUUGCUUAUGUUGAAGGUGAAUCAUUAUUGAUGGCAUUAAAGGAUAUUGCAUUGAGUAGUGGGUCGGCUUGUACGUCUGCAUCUUUGGAACCCUCUUAUGUUUUGCAUGCCUUAGGUGCCGAUGACGCAUUGGCUCAUUCCAGUAUAAGAUUCGGUAUCGGUAGGUUCACCACUGAAGACGAGAUUGAUUACGUCUCGCAAGCAAUGAAGGAAAGAGUUGGAUUCUUAAGAGAAAUGAGUCCGUUGUGGGAGAUGGUCAAGGACGGUAUAGACUUGAACAGCAUUGAGUGGGCUGGUCAUUAG